CAAGGAAUUCAACAGCGGGAGGUGACGUCAGAAUCCCGCAUAUUGCAGUGUUGUCGCUUUCAAAAACAUUGGAUAUGGGGUAGAACAUUUAACCCUGUUCCGAACUUUAGUUUUCCCGUUUUCGGUGACUUUUACUUUUCGCAAAAUACUUUUGUAUUAACUUCGCGAGAGAGACAUUGAGCAGUGAAAGCAUGCCAAAUUCGUUGUUUUGUUUUUCUUGAGGAUUUACGGAAUUUCUCCUCGCUAACAACAGGGGAAGUGCCCGCUGUCCUUUGUCUGCCACGGGUGUUUUUAAAGUAUUCGACAUGGACGUUUACGGAAACAAUGGUGUUUUUCUGGUCAAAAGACUGUUUAAUAAUGCAGUUCUUGAGAUUUCGAACAUGUCAGACAUUACGAAGGCGAACCCUCACGGAUGCGAUAACGGGGCUUUGACAAACAGAUUCGGAGUCUUGAUUCAAGGGUUGCUGGCGAUAGUCGCCUUCAGCACAUUGAUGCUGAAGAGGUUCCGGGAGCCUGUAGGGAUCAGAAGACCAUGGAGGAUCUGGUUUUACGACACAUCCAAGCAGGCCAUUGGCGCUCUCUUCAUCCACUUCGCCAACAUCUUCCUCUCCAACCUCACAGAAAUUGACCCCUGUUCCCUGUAUCUGAUGAACUUCCUGCUCGACGCCACGCUAGGCAUGCUGGUCAUCUGGGCGGGGGUCAUGGUUGUCUCCAGGAUCGUGGAGUACAAGCAGUUCACACUGCUCACCUUUGGAGAAUACGGUGACCCUCCCCAGGCUGCAGCAUGGCUCGGUCAGUGUGGGGUCUACCUUCUCAUCAUGGUCCUGGAGAAGAGUGUGGUUAGCUUGGUGCUGCUCAUCCCUGGAUGGACCAACCUGCAGUCUGUGUUGCUGGACUACAUCCCUAACCCUCAGGUGGAGCUUGUGUUGGUCAUGCUCAUCGUGCCCUUCAUUGUCAACUCCAUCAUGUUCUGGGUGGUGGACAGUCUGAUGAUGAGGAAGUACAAGACGUUGAAGAGCCUGGACGAGUCCUGCGACGACUCGGCCAAGGUCGACUCCACGGCGCCGUGGGUUACCGGCGACGAGUCACGGGUCCUGUUGACGACCGAGACAGACACGGAGGAGGAGCAAGAGGAGGAUAGGUCAACAAUGGUCCGAGGACGGUCCCACUCUAGCCUCCCAGGAGUGGGCAUUAAUACCUAGCUGGGUGGAGGUGUAGCUCUGGGACCUUCCUCUACAAGACCCUGACACACAUGCAGACACGCACACACACAAGGAUGUGUGGAUGUACGCCCCUUCCAGAUCACACAGAUUUGCAGUUGACAAUUGACAGUUGUCAUUUGACAUGGAGAGUCUGUCACUGGUUUUUAAUUUCUACACAUCCCAAUUAUGUCUUUUAAUGAUGUCUUGACUGUUAUGAUGAUGUUGAAUGAUAUAUGAACAGUGCUUUAUUAUGAAAAAAGUCCUCCACCCUUGCAGUCCCUGUUUACCGAAACAACAAGCUUGGGGGUGGCUAUAAAGUGUCUCUUGAUGGAGAUAAUUAGAGAGCACAGUGGGAGCAUGAGGGAACAAGACAGCGAUGAUGAAAGGAGAGAGAGAGAGAGUAAAUCUGUCUCACGGGGGGGAUUUUGUGAUCUCCAAAGAGCUCUUUAUGACAUAUCAACUUCCAAAGAGUAGCGGUUUUCCUUCAUCCUCAUACAGAUAACUGCUUAGUUUAAACCUCGACAUACAGCAUAUAAUGGUCUGUAAUUAAAGACUUUAAGUCUGUUUUGGACCUGUAGUAUCAGUAGAAUCCACUACUAGUGUCCUUGUCUCCUUUCAAUCCUAUUGAUUUCACCUAUCACGUCCAGUCAGAUCAGUUGUCAGACUAUUGUAACUCAGCCGGAGGAAUUGGACCAUAAAGUUGGAGAUGUUUCAUCUCUGAGUUGGACUGUAAUAGUCUGGUCUGGAACAGUUCUUCACACUGUCUCCAGAGGAUGUUUAACAAGGUGGAAAAUGGUCUUCUAUGUAGAAAACGGACCAAAUCAUUUCAUAUUCCUCAUGGAUGUCCAUUUGGGAUUGAUUUGGAUUUAUCCAAAUAUUUGCAAUGUUUCUACUAUGAACUAAAGAGCAUUGUGAUAUGGAGAGUGAUUUUGAAUGUUCUAAUGUAU